AUGAAUCGCACGCUGGUCGAGUGUGCGCGCUGUAUGAUGGAACACUUUGGACUGGGAAAGAGCUACUGGGGUGAAGCAGUGAUGACGAUGAUGUUUCUUCGGAACCGCUGUCCAACACGUGCCAUCCACCAAUGCAAGUCUCCAUAUCAAGUGUGGACAAUGAAGAAACCGAUUCUGGCCAACCUCAAAGUGUUUGGAUGCCACGCGUAUGUUCAAGUGCCUCAAGGCAAACGCGCGAAGUUCGACUCCAAGUCAUCACUCUGUCGUUUCCUGGGGUACGCCGAACACCAGAAUUCAUAUCGAUUCGAGGAAGUGUCAACAGGAGCGAUCAAGAUCAGUCGCGAUGCCACGUUCAUGGAAAACAAGUUUGAUGAAGGUCCGCGCAACUACAGCGAUGAGUCAAGUGCCGUUGAGUUUGACGAUCAAGACGAGGACGAAGAAAAAGAAGAAGGUAAAACUGACGUCAACCUGAAUUCGAGCGACGAUGACGACGAAGACACCAGGUCUUCGAAGAGCAACAUCAAGGGACACACGCGCACUCAAUCACUUGAGAAAUCUACCGUCAUUUCAAGUCCCGAGCAAAGAACGUACAGAGGUCCGUCGCUUGAGCAUGUAUCAGCGGCUGCGAUGGAUUUUGAAGCAGCCUACAUCGUUGAUUCAGUGGGGGAAAUGCCGACUACUUUCAAGUCGGCGAUGGAGUCAAGCGACUCCGGCAAGUGGAAAGAAGCGUAUGACUCGGAGUUCGACUCGCUUCAGAGAAACGACACGUGA